UCUUGUUUCUUAUGAUGGUUAUUAAAUGGUAACAUUUUAAAAUAUUUUCUUAGAAAAUUUUCCAUCCAGUCCUUGACGCCUCCUCAGGAAUUUAUGAUUAGUUCUUCCACUAUAACAGCUGUCUUCUCUGGUGCAGAUGGAAUGCUGAGGAGAAUCAUUUUAAAAGAGGGAAUUUCGAUCGAUGCCAGAAUACAGUUUCUUUUGUAUGGAACGAGACCUAAAGGUAAAGACAGGAGUGGAGCGUAUCUGUUUUUGCCCGAUGCUGCAGCACAGAAUUUGAAAUACAGUUGUCCAAAAAUUAGAAUAUUGAAAGGUCCUCUUGUGUCCGAAGUGACAGUUUUUCUACCGGAAGUAGAACAUCGUAUUAGAGUUAAGAAUACUGCAGGAUUAGAUAGUGCCGGAUUGGAUAUCUAUAACAUUGUUGAUGUGACCCGUGAAGUAAAUAAAGAAUUAAUUAUGAGAUUUUAUACAAAUAUAACCAAUAAUAAUCAAGAGUUCUUCACAGAUUUAAAUGGAUUUCAAGUAAGACUUGUGCAUAUUUUUUGCCUAUUUUUAAUUAUUUUUUCAUUUAUGUUUGUUUAAUUUAAACAUUUUAUA